UAGAAAAAAUUCGAUUCAUAGUGGAAUCUGUAGUCUCUCUCUCUAUAUAUAUGUGAUUGGAGUUGGGACUUGGGAGUGAAUGAUAGUGGAAUUUUUGAGGCGAAUCGAAGGAAAUGAAGCAGGACGAAGAUGAGCGUGGAUGACGCAGUGAUUGCGCAAAAAUAGGGAAGAAACGAGAAAAAUCGAAUAAAAAACGAGUGAAUCUAAUAGAAUUUUGUCUCUCUUUGAGAAAGCGUGGAAAACAAAGUGAAGGCCGACGCCAUCAAUCGAUUGGAGGCGGCUUUCAUCGGAUUCUGCAGCGGAUUCGAGCUCCGGCCGCCGGAUAAGUAGAGUUGCAUCUGAUGCACAAAGAUUCAAUCGAAAGCCAAUUAAUAUCGAAAGGGUUUGAGAAUUAGACUUGGGUCGUAUGCGUGGAAUUUCCUUUGCAGCCUCGGGUGGCUUUUUCCAUGCUGGGACUGCAUUGUAAAAGCCAAUCGAACAAAGUCCCUUUGCCAAUGGAUCGAGCAACGAGCAGCCAUUCCCACAGUGAUAACGACCACAUAAUCGAUAUUUCUAGCAGCAGUGAUGUUAAUACGACUACGUCAUCCCACCAAAGGUCAUCCGGUGGCUCAGAGCAGCAGCACGUCGACAAUCAACCGUCUACUAGUUCGCGAGGGCCCGGAUAUCAGCCGACACUCUCGGUUCGAAGAGGGAAUAGCCGAGGCCGUCAGCGUCAACGGAGUCCGUUAAAUUCACUUCUGUGGAUUUCUGUGGAGUUAGUUUUAACAGUUGGGCAAAUUAUCGCUGCGAUUUUGGUUUUGAGCCUGUCCAAGAACGAAAAGCCGCGCGCGCCUUUGAAAGUUUGGAUUGUGGGUUAUGCGACCGGUUGCUUUGCAAUCCUUCCUCUUCUUUAUUGGCGCUUUACGUAUCGAAAUGCGGGCCCCGAGCAAGAUCCACCAUCUCAGAUGCGCCGGGACUCUUCUCUUGAAGGUAAUAAUAAUGUUGGCACCGGAAAUAGAAGAGUUGCGGAAGGCGUAGAUAGCCAGACGACGGGUAAUCCAACAGGAAGUGUUCAAAGUAAUAAUGGAUCACCGAACUUAAGGCUUAAGUUGUUCGUGCAAUAUUUUAAGAUGGCGUUAGAUUGCUUCUUCGCGGUAUGGUUUGUCGUCGGAAAUGUGUGGAUUUUCGGAGGGCAGUCAUCCGUAGCCGAGGCCCCCAAUGUAUACAGGCUGUGCAUCGUGUUUCUAGCAUUUAGUUGUAUCGGAUACGCAAUGCCGUUCAUUCUCUGCACUACAAUCUGCUGCUGUCUCCCGUGCAUCAUAACCGUUCUAGGCAUCCGAGAAGAUUUCCCUCAAACCAGAGGCGCUACACAAGACUCCAUCAACGAGCUCCCGACCUAUAAGUUCAAAACAAAGAAAUCCAAAGGGAGCGCAAACGCAAAGGAGAAUUCCGAAGGUGGGGUAGUGGCGGCAGGAACCGAGCACGAGCGUGUAAUAUCAGGCGAGGAUGCGGUGUGCUGUAUUUGCUUAGCAAAGUACGCGAACAAUGAUGAGCUCCGGGAGAUACCCUGCAGCCAUUUGUUCCACAAAGAAUGCGUCGAUAAAUGGCUCAAGAUCAACGCGACAUGUCCACUCUGCAAAGCUGAAGUCGGGAAAACAGAACAACAGAGUCCGGUAACUGGAAUGACUGCCGGUGGUGUGUAACACAGGAGGUAAGUAUAUCUAUCUGUAUCUAUCCUAUCUUCUGCCAUUACUGAAUUCGUAGUUCCUAAAAGUUGCGUCGAAGUUUUGUUUUCGGAGUCUAGUUUUCUGCGGUCAGCUUUGCAUAUCCGUUCGGUGUAAUUAAUUUGUUAUACGAAGAAUAAAGAGUGAAAAUUCCAGGAUCGAGACAACGCUGGCGAUAUGAUAUUGUACUAGUAGAGAAGAUAUAUGAGAAUAAAAAUGAAUGAGAGA